AUGAGUAGUACAACCAAUAUAUAUUCACCGCCAUUGUUAAUGAGUACUACGGCAGAGAAACAACAGUUACUACAUGUUAAUGAUGAAAUAACACGUAGAUUUAAGUCUGCCCUACCUUUAAAGUCAUGCAAGAUGACUAAACAGGAGGAAGAGGAUGGUGUAAGAAUAACACGCUUCGAGAUCUUUAAGCUGCGCUCAAAGAAGAUUGGUACCAAUCUACCAGACGUCACUCUGUCUGAGCACGACUACACCACGCUGGACAAGCUAUACGAUCCAAAGUAUGACUACUACGUCGUUGGAACUAUCAUACAGUCUGGUCAUCCCAACAAUGGACAGAUGAUACGCGCUGAGCUGGUGGUCGGUCAAGUGUCACUAAAGUACGGCUCGAUCAAGUCGUGGUGCUACUUUGUGCACGCCAAGCCCAUCAGUCAUGGAAAGUACACAUGGCUUCUACUUGAUCGAGAGCAGCCUCAUCCUCAUUACAGAGUCAUGUACGAUCGCUACCAACCUCUGUUCCUGCUCACAAUGUACACGACCCUCUUCUUCUCAAACUACACCGAGACCUCUAUAUACUACUACCCGGACAAGAUCUACUCACAUCUAUCAAACUAUUUGAAGCUGAACUUACCAACAUAUCGCGAAGGAGACCUCGAGAGAUACUCUGAAUAUGUUGAACCCUUUGUUACAGACUUAUCUGAAUGGAAGGAAAAGGCAAAGAAACUGUUUAGAGAUUAUAUCAAUCCACGUUCAGAGUUGAUGAACAAGUGUUACAAUAGAGGUAUUAACAAUGCACUUGGAGUGAAGAAACAGGCAAAUGCCAAGACAAAGAAAGAGAUUGAAGAACCAGCGCCACUCACUCCAAUUGGAUACUCUGCCGAACAACUUAGUAAGCAAUGGUCAAAGCAUAUGGAUUUGGUAAAGUCGACAAUCAAUGAAACCAGAUUCACACAAUCGAUAGACAUAAAGGACUUGUCAGGAAUGGUGGAAUACUAUACAUAUGAUAGAGCGAGAUCAAGGGUAUUCUCUCAGGCCAAGUUUCAAUUGGAGAACAGCAACAACAACAUUGUUUCAUCGCCAGCAGUCUCUUUCGAAUUCAAUGAUGUGGAUGAACGCAAGUUCCAUCAAGACGUGUUACCAUUCCUCGAGUGCAAGAUCUGUGGCGGUGCAAUCCAGUUGCAAGGCGCACAUAUCAAUGAUCCAAAGAUCGUCUCGAACACAUUGUCAAUCGAAUCUUACAAGAAGUUCAUACUGCAUUUGGAGAAACAUCGAUUCGAGAUACGCAAUCAAUCACUCGACUCCAAUGACAUUGUCAAAUUGGAGACAACGGCAAUGCUCAAUCAACAUCGUGUGAGAUCAAUGGUUGAACGAUUACAUGAGAUGGUCGAGCAAGAAGCAAUCAAGUCCAACAACAACAAGAAGAGUGAUGACAACAAGUUGGUCAUAAACUGGCCAAAGCAACCUGGCAGUCGACUCAAACGAAAGAACAUAGAC